AUGGCCACUACACCCGAACUUCGCUCCAAACUUUCCGCGGCAGCAGCAGCUAUUUGCGCCCCAGGAAAAGGUAUCUUGGCUGCAGACGAGUCUACAGGAACAAUUGGAAAACGCUUUGAUUCUAUCUCGGUAGCCAAUGUAGAGGAAAACCGCCGUGCUUACCGCGAGCUUUUAUUUACCACCAAUCCAGAUGUCUUGAAGGCUACCAUUGGCGGUGUCAUUUUCUUCGAAGAGACCCUUGACCAAAAAACAGCCGAUGGCGUCUUGUUCACAGAUCUUCUUCGUGGCCUUGGCAUCCAUAUUGGCAUUAAGGUUGAUAAGGGUCUUACCAUCAUCCCAGGAACCAAUGACGAAAGUGCUACUCUUGGUCUUGAUGGACUUGCCGAGCGUUGCCAACAAUACGUGGCCAAAGGAGCUACUUUUGCCAAGUGGCGUGCUGUCCUAAAGAUCGACAGCCAGGAGCCAUCUGCGCUUGCAAUCGAAGAGAAUGCCCAUGGGCUUGCAAGAUAUGCUGCCAUUUGCCAGGCUAACGGACUUGUCCCGAUUGUCGAGCCCGAAAUCUUAAUGGAUGGCUCUCAUGACUUGGAAAAAGCCAUCGCAACCACUGAGAAGGUCCUUUCUGUCGUUUACAAGAAGCUUGCUGAGCAUCAUGUGUACUUGGAAGGCACUCUUCUCAAGCCAAACAUGGUGUGCCCAGGUGUUAGUUGCCCCACCAAGUACACUCCAGAAGAGAUUGCCGCAGCAACGGUAACGGUUCUUCGUCGCACGGUGCCUCCGUCAGUUCCCGGCAUUACUUUUCUCUCUGGGGGCCAAUCAGAAGAAGAAGCAACUGUGCAUUUAAAUGCCAUCAAUUGCGUUCCUCUCAACAACCCUUGGGCAUUGACCUUUUCCUAUGGUCGUGCGCUUCAACACACCGUUCUUAAUACCUGGAAGGGAUGCAAAGACAAUGUGGAGGCUGCAAAACAAGCUCUCAUUGUCCGAGCAACCGCCAAUUCCCAGGCUUCGCUUGGAAAAUAUCAAUCCAACGGACUUGCCAAAGGAGCUGGCCAGAGUCUUUUUGUCUCAAAUUACCGUUAUUAA